GUGAGAUUGAGCCUGGGUCGUUCAGGAUGCCAAUCUCUUACUGGGGGGAACCCUAGUGUAAACAAUGAUAUAAAAGGCUUGAUGUGCUCCCCUGGAUGAGGUCUGACCCGGCUCAAGUGUAUGGAAGCAAACCGCUUUAUACAUGUGAUUCUCGCUAGGAUUAGCUUGAGACGCGGAAUCAGUUCAAGAUGGGCAACGCUCCAUCCACCAGUGUCGAUCCUGGCACCAUGUAUACCGCGACGGCGAGUGCGUCGAUCGCGGCUGCACGCGCUACAGCCCUGACAUUAAGUCCGACCAGCAACGUCAAAGGGAGGACUUUCGACCGUUUCGUCCAGGUAUUUCUCGAGAACCAAGACUUUCCCAUCGCAGCCGGAGAUCCUAACUUGGCAUAUCUCGCGACCAAGGGCAUCUUGCUAAACAACUACUAUGCCGUCACUCACCCAUCGCAGCCAAACUACAUCGCAGCCGGCGGUGCAAGCACACACGGCAUCAUCGGUGAUGGUUUCAAUCGAAUCGAUGCCGACACCGAGUCCGUCGUUGAUUUGCUCGAGGCGGCGCAGGUGAGCUGGUCAAUCUACCAGGAAGAUAUGCCCUACAGUGGGUUUCAGGGGACCUACGUAAACCAACAGAACGGGCGUAACGACUACGUUCGCAAGCAUAACCCGUUGGUGAGUUACGACUCUGUCGGGACGGACGUGAACCGCUUGGCCAAGACCAAGAACUUCACCAUGUUCGACCGCGACCUGGCCAACGACUCACUACCCCAGUGGAUGUUCAUUACCCCUAACAUGACCAAUGACGGUCACGAUUCGUCCGUGACAGUCGCAGGGAACUGGGCGCGCAACUUCCUCGACCCCCUGCUCUCUAACCCUAGGUUCAACAAGGACCGCACCCUGAUCAUCCUGACAUUCGACGAGAGCGAGAGCUAUCUCAAGGAGAACAGGGUUUUCACGGUGCUUCUAGGGAACGCCAUCCCGAGCAGCAAGGUCGGCACGACUGACUCUAAACGAUACAACCACUAUAGCUUAAUCAAGACGGUAGAGGACAACUGGGGGUUGGGCAACCUCGGCCAAAAUGACGUAAAUGCCGUAUCAUUCUUCUAAGGGGCUUUUAUAUAUGAAGGGGCUGGCGAGCACGAAGCAUGCGGCGUAUACUCGGUCUCAAGCAUGCUUCAUAUACAGACCAUGCAUAUCGCUUGGAUAUGAAUAUAAUCAAUCUCCAUACCAGGGCUCAUGAUGUUCGCAGUGGUCCUCUAUUGUUUGAUUGGCAGUCUUCAGUCACGGCUACCCACGGCUACUAGUAUAGAAGCUCAGCAGCUUCUCAAGCCAUAUUAUGGUGGCACCGUUAAGAUGAGGCGAAAUGGCCAGACUCAUCUCUCGGUUCCUCAAUGCAACUGGCCUAACCCCUAUACGACACCAGGUUAACAUCAUGUCUGUCAGCUAGGGCCGUGCAGCUUGCCGAGAUAUACCUCGAGGUUAUUUUCUGAUAGAACUAAAGACCAAUCAGUGCCGUGCAGAGAAUAUCCAUGCCUCGGUAUAUACUUACUCUAUUCAGAU